ACGACCGCUGCCGCCGCCACCGUCGCGCCGUUGCUCUAUGGUCGUGCGCGCGAAAUAUUAUUGCCACUAAUAUUAUCAUUAUUAUUACUAUUAUUACUACUCUGUCGUUGCAGUUAUACUAUUACUGUUUAUUUAUUUUAAAUAUCACGCGCGCGUCCGAGCGUCCGGUCCGGACACAUCCGAGACACGUAGUUGAUAUUUAUAUUACGACACAUCGAAAACAAUUCAGAGUGCAAGAGAACCGUACACGCCUGUUGACGGAGACAAUUGAAUCAUCCGAUACACGUAUACUGUACACACGGAUUCGCAUAUAAUUGUUGUUAUACUUAAUACAGGAGCGCACGCGAUCCCYAUUCAACGGCGGCGCGACGGAGAAAACGUAAUAUUAUAAUUCGCAAUAACGUCGUCGUUAUAAUAUCGUACGCGGCCACCAGCGUUCGAUCCGCGCGCGCCCAGUCCGCGCGCCCGUCCUCGUCGCGCAGUCACAUCCGUCACCGGCGCGUGCACCGUACUCGUCGCGUGUCCGUCCCGUCCGCUGUCUCGCCGCGCGCCGAUCAUAACUACUGCGCUCGGGGUUAUGGACGUGGCGGCGUUGGCCGCGGCGACCGAGACGACGACCGAGACGACCAACUCCGCGGCCACCGCGGCAGCUGCUGCUCCGGCGGAUCUGAGCACGGCAGAUACGAGGAACACGACGAGAGCGACGGCGACAGUAAUAGCGACAGUGUACACGAACAGUUGUGAUUAUAAUAAUACGGCCGCUCUACGCCCAGCCAAGGUUCGCGUCAGAUCGUCGUCUUAAGAAGAGGACGCGAGUGGGGCCGCAGAGUCUAAACGUGAUCGCAGGUGCAGCACGCGUAUUAUAGCCUGCAACUAUCAGUAGCCGUGUAAUUGACGCGACACGACGUCGUAAUGCCGGAACAGAGUAACGAUUACCGAGUGGUGGUUUUCGGAGCGGGCGGCGUGGGAAAGAGUUCGCUGGUGCUCCGGUUCGUCAAGGGCACAUUCCGCGAAUCGUACAUACCGACCAUCGAGGACACGUACCGACAGGUGAUCAGCUGCAACAAGAACAUCUGCACGCUGCAGAUCACCGACACGACCGGGUCGCAUCAGUUCCCCGCCAUGCAGCGSUUGUCCAUGUCUAAGGGUCAYGCGUUCAUACUGGUGUACUCGUGCACUUCCAGACAGUCUCUCGAGGAACUCCGACCUAUAUGGCAGGUAAUAAAAGAGACCAAAGGUGCAUCAGAGCUUCCGUCAAUACCAAUCAUGUUGGUGGGCAACAAGUGUGAUGAAAAUGAUACUCGAGAAGUUUCAGCUGAAGAAGGUGAUGCUGAGGCUCGACGGUGGGGCUGUCAUUUCAUGGAGACGUCAGCUAAGACCAACCACAAUGUUAAGGAGCUGUUUCAGGAGCUUCUUAAUCUGGAGAAAAAUAGGAACAUAUCGCUGCAGCCCGAAAAAAAGUCCAUGCGUGGCCGUAAAAUACGGGAGAAAUGCGCGCUCAUGUAGUAGUAUAUUAUGUACUACCAAAACACUAUCAUCGGACAUGGGGAUAUAGUUUUACAUUUGUGUUGUUUAUAUUUUAUAAAAUAAUUUUCAUUCUGUCAAGUCACAAUUCAUUGAGAAUUAUUAUAAAAUGUCACAGUAAAAUUUAAAUUAAAACUUUUUUAGUGAGACUGAUAAGUGCUGACAACACCAAUUUAUUUAGAUUAGUACUUUAGAAUGAUGUUACAACACAACUAUACCAUGGACUUUUUUGGAGGUGCAAAUAUAAAAAUGAAUUUCAGUUGUAUAUGACAUAGACAUAUACACCUAGCAAAGAUAUAGUGCAUAGGAUUUACUUUGUACAUAUUAUUAUCCAUAAUAAUUACUAUAUCAGUCAGACAGGGAAUAUGGUAAAUACUUCUGUGAAAUCAGUUUUCACAAUACCAUAGAAUAAACAUUUUUUGAGUUAUUAUGUAUGCAGUAUUAUGUGUUUGAUUUGGGCAGUGAUUAUUUGAGAGAGACAAAAAUCCAACUUUAGAUUUUAUACAUUACAUCAUUUUACGAGUAAUGUUCAGCGUACAGAAUAUAAACUAUACAGAGUGAUUUUUUUUAACAUGAAUCACUCAUUAUUUCAAAA